AUGUAUAAUAAAUGCACCAACGGGUCCAAGAUCGACGCAGAAGGGAAAACAAGCGGAUUCAACAUCAAAUAUCACGCGCCCUCACCCCCACCUUCUAAAUCGCCCUCACCUCCUCCUCAACCUCCAGAACCCGUUGCAUCAUCAUCGAAACCGCCACCACCGAAAUUUUAUUCCCUUCCUCCCCCUCCUCCAUGGCCUCCCUCCCGUUCCGAAUAUCCUGCAGGCAAGAAUUUCAGAGUCAUUUAUGACCCUGCCAUCGACAAGGAUCGUGACGGACGUUUUCGCGCUUUGAUCGAGAAGAUUCGACCUACACAGGAAGGUUCGGAACAGCCUCGGAUUAAGGGAAAGGGAAAGGGCAAAGAGACGCUCACGCGAUAUAAUGGGGAAGUGAUCGAAGGCGAGCCACAACCUACGACAAGCGACCCCCGCAAGGCACCAGGAUACAAGAAGCGUCCCCACCGAGACGCGUUCCAUGAAAUUCGGUACGAGUAUGAUGCCAACUCGACAGGUCCACCACCCCCCACAGCUGUGCUGAUCAUGAAUUUGUCACCCCUAAUACCUACGCAGUCAAUACGUCGCGUCUUCAGUGCACAUGGCAGGAUCUCAUCAUUCGAUCCGCAAAUUGACAUGCAGUCCGGGGUCGCACUUGGUAUCGUGUUCAUCCGGUACCAGACACAUGAGGAGGCCAAGUCAUGUGUGGAGCGCACCCAUGGAAAGAAAUUUGGCACAAGCAUUGGAAUGGCUGAUGGGGAUGAACUGAAAGUGGUUUUUGACGGCGAAGGUCUCAAACUGAAGGCAGUCCGGAAAGAACUAGAAGAGCGGAAACAUCGCGACAGAGAGGAGAAAAGAAGGAAGGAGAAGGAAGCCAAGGCUCCGACAUUACCACCUGCACCCAUACCCGCACCCGCAUCCGCAUCCAUACCGAAACCCACAUGGCGACCGAGUCACCAGCUCCCACCGCGCCCUGCACACAUCCCCUACACAAACGGACGCCUAUCACCUCCCCGCGGCAGAAAAGCACCACCUGUCAUGAAAGCUAAGAUGAUGAAUUCGGCACUGAGUAAUCGUUUUCCAGCAGUAAAUGACCUCGCGCCCAUGUCGUCUUCACAAUCAUCAUCAUCAACACCCAUCCAUACUCGAGGUCGUCCUUCACAUCAUGGUUCUAGUCACGCUCCAGCUCCUCCUUCCCGCUCACCUUCGCCUAUCUCCCGUCGCCCAGGACAAGGGCGUCACCAACAGCAGAGAGAGGCUACUAGUGCCACUGUCAUCGACGCCCUCGCCAAGAACGGCUUUGAACAUGUCCGAAUCGACCUCACUGGUGGUGCCAUGAUAUCUAUCCGAGAGGAGGAUGUGCGUGCGUUCUUCAAAGACUUCAAGGUCGACUGCGUACUGCGAGAUCAUAACGCUUGCGACUCCGCGCGACGUGCAGCCAUGGUGCUCAGCUCGCGGACUCUUGGACACCACUCGGUAACGCUGUCAGCUUGCCCUCCUCCUUCUCAUGUCGCGCCUGUGGCUGCCGAAAAGACCAGCUGGACACAAGAGGAAAUAGUUCAGCAAGCAACAGACACCAUCGUCAAGGAGCUCAAAGUUCUUUUGGAAAAGGACAUCACUGAACGGGUGGCUGCAGCAGAUCUACGGAAGUUGGUCGCAGACGAGAAGGCGAAGGUUGCAGAGACAAAAGCCAAGGAGGGUUCAGAGAUAACCAACGAGCAACGGCCAGCUGAAAAGCGAGGUCUGAAAGGACUUUCCUUUCGGAAGCCGAAGAGAGUCAGGGAUGAGGAAGCGAAGGCAGUCGUGGUCGAAGAAGAAGCCCCCCAUAUCGAGCCGGAAGAACCUGCACCCGUAGAGCCACCAAAGAAAAAGCGGAAGAAAGACGUUGUCACGAGGUCCGAGGAUGAGGAGAACCUUGCUCCUGAGCCCCGGAAGCGGGCCGUCUCCGAGGCUCGCGAUGAGGAACAGGAGCCUGUGAAGAAGAAGCCGAAGAAGGAUGCUGUGCUUGAGGAUGAAGAACAGCAUAAGAGAGCCUUGUCGAAGAAGAAGGUCACGAAGAAAAAGUCAGCAGCCAAGGUGGUUGUCGAUGAGGUCAUCCGACCCGACGAGUUGGAUUUCAAUGUUCCUGCUACAGCCAACAUCCACAUUUCAAAGGUGGAAUCGGUUUCGCGUCUUCCUCCCGAUCCACUCGAACAAGGUAUAUGCGACGACGACGAGGACCUAUAUUUCGCUCGGCUGGCUAUGUCGAAUGGCGCUUCGACCCCGCCACUCGUCCCCCCGCCUACUACCGAUGCUUUACCAGCAUUUCGGAAGCAUCUCACAGGUUCAGCACGUACCGAAGGCUACUACAAGAUCUCCCACGCAGAGAAAUCUGCUUAUGUCGCUCAAUACGCCCUGCGCCCGUCACCUUCUUCCCGCUCCAAUCGUGCCAAUGCUCGCCGACGUGCUCAAGGCCUGGAGGAGAUCAACCAGGUGCAACGUGCUGUGGCUCUUUCAAAGGGAGAGACAGCCGCUGUGGAACUGAGCAUCAAAUUCAACCAACUCCAAACGCGGAAAAAACAUCUACGCUUUGCUAGGUCUCCGAUUCACGACUGGGGCUUGUACGCUAUGGAAAGGAUCGCCCGAGGGGAGAUGGUCAUCGAGUAUGUUGGCGAGAUCAUCCGCGCUCAAGUCGCCGACAAGCGUGAAAAGGUGUACGAGCGACAGGGUAUCGGAAGCAGUUACCUGUUUCGUAUCGAUGAAGACCUUGUGGUUGACGCCACGAAGAAGGGUAAUCUUGGACGUCUCAUUAAUCAUUCAUGCGAUCCAAACUGCACUGCCAAAAUUAUCACCAUCAACGGCGAGAAGAAGAUUGUCAUCUAUGCGAAGCAGGAUAUCGAACUGGGCGAUGAAAUUACCUAUGAUUACCAUUUCCCUAUCGAGCAUGAUAAGAUCCCAUGCUUAUGUGGUUCUGCGAAGUGUCGCGGUUAUCUCAACUAG